AUGAAAAUAAAUGAAAACACUAGAAUUGUUGGCUCCAAAGUGGUUCUUGUUCCCUAUAAGAAAAAAUAUGUUGAAAGAUAUCACCAAUGGAUGAAAUCAGAAGAGCUUCAAUAUUUAACAGGCUCUGAACCUCUGACAAUUGAAGAAGAAUAUCAGAUGCAAGAAUCUUGGCACAACGAUGAUAACAAGUGUACAUUUAUUAUCCUGGACCGAAAUCGUUUUGAUAAAACAAAUCCCGUGGAUUCAAUGAUUGGAGAUACUAAUCUGUACCUAAAUGACAUUGAGGAGCCUUUUACAGCUGAGUGUGAAAUAAUGAUCGCUGAAAAAUGUGCCAGGGGUCAAAAAAUGGGAUGGGAAGCGCUGAUUCUUAUACUACGAUACGGAAUUGAAGCGCUAAAAAUAAACAAAUACAGAGCUAAGAUUAAAAUUGACAAUGAGAAAAGCAUUAAAAUGUUCAACAAACUCCGAUUUAACGAGAUAAGUAGGAGCGUUGUUUUCGAAGAAGUAACACUGGAAUGUGAUGCCACAGCGAUUAAAUUUCGUCCUUUAUUUUUUAAUUCUGUCGCUUAUGGAUCAUUUUAUACCGGAGCUGAAUUUUUACAGCAGACGUAUAAUAUUAAUCAAAAAGAAAAAGCUGCUGCAGUACUGAAUAAUACUCCAGUCAAUUCAAACAAACUCUUUCCUGAUAAAUUCAAACUAGAAGAUUAUAAUGUACCCGUUCUACGAAGAUAUCUCACAUACGGAUAUUUCCUCGCUGGACCAAUUCUCCAUGGAUGGUAUUCAUGGCUGGAUAAAAUGUUUAAAGGAACAGCACCUAAAAUAGUUGUUACUAAAUUGUUAUGUGAUCAAUUUAUACUUACGCCUCCAUUAGUCGUAUUAUUUUUUACAAGUAUGAGUGUUAUGGAAGGAAAAAAGACAGAGAACCUUUUGGAUGAAUGUAAAGCCAAAUUUGUAAAAACAUUUGCGACCUCAUGUAUAUUUUGGCUACCAGUGCAAUUUGUAAAUUUUUUACUUAUACCACCAUCGUUUCGCGUUUUGUAUGUCAGCGUAGCUUCUUUUUGCUGGGUAAAUAUUCUUUGCCAUUUGAAACUUAAUUUCCUCUUUAAUGUCACUGCAACUGCUUACAAUAGAAUUGGUAUAGAUGAUUUCAAUCAAUGUGAUGUACUGAGUUGGGUCAUGACAAUUUUCAAAGUGGGAAACUACCACAAAAAUGCUAUUAAAACAGGCCUUUGUAAAGUAUUUACAAAUAUUUCACGUCGCGAUUUUACUACAAUAUAA